AUGGAUGUCAGGCAACAAAACCAGACAGCUACACCACCCUUGGAGUUUGACGUUGCUGGUAAGCAAUGCGACGACCUUUACGAGCAGGUAAUGGUGCAUUGCGGGUUGCAUCGAGAUAAAAUUGAGACUAUUCUGCCAUGUACAUCCUCUCAAAUUGAUGUUAUAGAUUUUGCUGCAACUGAUGGGAAACGCGCCAUUGGUCGUGCCAUUUACGACAUUCCAAGAAGCGUCGACACCCAACGGCUGGCCAUAGCCUGGAAGGAAGUUGUUCGCCAGACACCAGCCUUAAGGACAUACAUAUUUAUACCAAAAGUCGGAUGUUCUUUUCAGGUUGUGCUGGCAGAGAACUUCUUUUCGUGGAUGUAUUCUACAUCUAUCGAUAUGAAAGAAGCAAUAGUGCAUGAUGAGACAGCGGCUGCUAUGAUAGGGCCGCGUUGCAAUCGAUACGUCGUCCUCGAAGACAUUGACAAAAAGCAAAGGCUGCUCAUCUGGACAUUCAGCUAUGCUUUAGUGGAUAGCGCGUUGCAACAACACAUUCUUCAACGGGUCCUCACGGCCUAUGAGGGUGGAAAAGUCCAAUACUCUAACUGGUUUGGAACGUCGCUGAGCCUUCAGGCCGGGAAUUUGGAACGAGCAGCUCGGUUCUGGCAGCAGCACUUUGAUGGCUUGGAUGCCUCAAUAUUUCCUUCACUGCCUUCCCAUCUGGCUGCGCCCCAUCCCAAUACAUAUGCAGAGCAUUGUAUCUCAUAUCUGGGCCCAGUCCAACAGAAGUGGUCCAACACUGUCGUCUGCCGAGCCGCGCUUGCAGUUCUUCUAUCAGGCUUUACGCACUCACCGGAGGCACUUUUUGGUGUUGUGAUGAAGUCGUCUCACAAGUCAGAAGAGGAAGUUGACGGCCUGGCACAAGCAGUAGUGCCCAUACGUGUGCAGUGCUCUCUUGAACAAUCUGUCUUGGGAAUUAUGGAGGCAAUCACUGCUCAUGAUCAUGCCAUGCACGAGUUUGCACAGGUUGGUCUCUGCAAUAUCCGCCGCAUGGGGGAUGAUGAGUCUGCCGCCUGUGAAUUCCAAACUGUGCUUCUGGUCACUGAAAGUGAUGCUUCGCAAGCACCUAGUUGCGCGAUUCUUCGAAACACAGAAGAAUCGAACAAAUUUAUACCCUGUGCCAAUCGUGCCCUUCUACUCAGCUGCCAGAUGGCUAGUGACUCGGUAUUGUUGGCGGCGCAUUACGACCAGAGUGUAAUUGAUGCUCCUCAAAUGACUCGUUUCCUGAGGCAGUUGGGAUUCUUGAUCCAGCAACUUCAACAAAAUAUGGAACAUCUUCCUCUAGUGAGACACCUAGAUGCCGUGACGCAAGACGACCAGGCAGAGAUUGAGGCUUGGAACUCGGAACGCCUACAGACACAAGAUGCCUUGAUCCACGAUGUAAUAUCCAAGAGGGCUUCUGACGCUCCGGAUAGUACUGCAGUUUCCUCCUGGGAUGGAGAGUGGACUUACUCUGAGCUGGACAAUGUAUCAUCGCGUCUCGCCGCAUACAUCCAAUCCCUUGACCUAGGCCAAGGACAAGCAAUAUUGCCGCUCUGCUUUGAGAAGUCAAAAUGGAUCAUAGCUAGCAUACUUGCUGUGCUUAAAGCAGGCCGGGCCUUUACUCUUAUCGACCCAUGCGAUCCACCGGCAAGGAUGGCCCAGGUCUGUCGACAAACUGGCGCUACAGUCGCUCUCACCUCCAGCCUCCACAGCAGCACUAUAACCACUAUCAUUGACCGCUGUAUUGUAAUCAAUGAUGACUUUCUACAAUCGCUGUCCCGCGAUACGGACCAGCUGAAACCAACGGCGAAGCCCCAAGACUUGGCAUAUUGCAUCUUUACGUCAGGCAGCACAGGAGAGCCCAAAGGAAUCAUGAUUGAGCAUCGAGGAUUUGUGUCCUGUGCUGUCAAGUUUGGCCCCGCGUUAGGAAUCAAUCCUCAAACCCGCGCUCUUCAAUUCGCGUCGUAUGCGUUUGGUGCGUGCCUGGUAGAGACCGUGACGGUUUUGAUGCAUGGCGGGUGCGUCUGUAUUCCUUCCGACGACGAUCGAAUGAAUAGCGUUCCAGAUUUCAUCAGAAAAAGCAAUAUCAACUGGGUGAUACUGACUCCUUCGUAUAUCGGCACACUUCAACCUGAAAAUGUCUCCGGGCUGCAGACAUUAGUCUUGGUCGGAGAACCGAUAUCAGCAUCGAUUAGAGAUAUCUGGGCCCCUCGAGUACAGCUCCUGCACGCUUACGGCCAGAGUGAGAGUUCAACUAUAUGUAGCGUUACAAGAGUCACUCCAUUCACCCUUGAGCCAAACAACAUUGGCCGUGCCGUAGGCGCCCGGUCCUGGAUUGUUGACCCAAAUGACUCCAAUAAGCUUGUUCCAAUUGGUUGCGUUGGCGAGCUGGUAAUUGAAAGUCCAGGAAUAGCACGCGACUAUAUUGUUGCUCUGCCGCCAGAUGAGUCGCCUUUCUUCGUGACGACUCCGGUCUGGUAUCCUACUGGACAGGCCUCUGGCGGCUUCAAGUUCUAUAGAACUGGAGAUCUCGUCCGGUAUAGAUCUGAUGGUACUGUUGUUUGUCUUGGACGCAAAGAUUCGCAGGUCAAGAUUCGAGGGCAGCGCGUGGAAAUCAGCGAAGUGGAAGCCCGCCUACGACAACAACUGCCCGGUCACAUCAUGCCCGUGGCUGAAGCUGUCAAAACGUCGGAUCUUUCCAGUGGCAAAACCUUGAUUGCAUUUUUGAUAGGGUCGUUGCAAAACGAAGAAAACGGCGUCUUUAUUGCGCCCACGAGCGACACUCACGUCCUCGAUCACAGUGCUACCAAAGACAUCAAUGGGACCCUGCAACAAGUCCUUCCCACGUAUUCAGUUCCGUCUUACUAUAUUAGCAUGAAAAAUCUGCCUCGUACUGCAACUGGAAAGGCAGACAGAAAGAAGCUUCGGUCUAUUGCUGGCAAACUAUUGAGCGAACUGGCUCAUAAUGUCAGGUCUCAGCCAUGUGAAAAGUUUGGGCCACCGGCAACUAUGACGGAGGUAAAACUAAGGGAGCUUUGGUACAGAGCUUUAAACCUCGAUUUCAAUUCUGAAAACGACGGAGCAAGCUUCUUUGAGCUGGGCGGAGAUUCUAUUGCUGCGAUCAGAAUGGUAAACAUGGCCAGAAUCGCUGGCAUACCACUAAAAGUCUCCGACAUAUUCCAAAAUCCCACGUUUGCCGAUCUUCUGGAUGUAAUCGGACGAGAUUCUACGCCAUAUGUUUCAAUUCCACUUACCACCUAUGCCAAACCUGUGGAACAGUCAUUUGCUCAAGGCCGCCUGUGGUUCUUGGACCAGCUGGAACUCGGCGCUUCAUGGUAUCUAUUACCAUACGCCGUUCGCAUGCGUGGGCUGCUGCAAACCGGUGCGCUCAGAGUUGCUCUACUAGCCCUAGAACAACGGCACGAAACUCUACGGACAACAUUUGAGGAGAAAGACGGUGUUGGCGUUCAAGUCGUCCAUGCAAGCAUCUUCCAGGAGCUGAAGACGGUGGACUUGUCAGACGACCAAAACGAUGGCUAUUUGCAACUGCUACAGCAACAGCAGACCACUCCAUUUGAUCUCGCAUCCGAAGCGGGAUGGAGGGUAUCACUCAUACGGCUUGGAGAAAACGAUCAUGUGCUCUCCAUUGUCAUGCAUCAUAUAAUCUCCGACGGCUGGUCCACUGACAUUUUACGUCGUGAACUGGGCCAGUUUUAUGCCGCCGCUCUCCAGGGCCAUGACCCUCUGUCGAUGGUGAAACCCCUCCCAAUCCAUUAUCGCGACUUUUCAGCAUGGCAAAAGCAGGAGGAACAAGUGGCUGAACACCAGAAACAGCUGGAAUACUGGACCAACCAACUCGCGAACAGCUCUCCGGCCGAAUUCUCAACUGAUUUUCCCCGGCCAACUAUACUGUCUGGUAAGGCAGGCUACGUGCCUGUUACUAUUGAGGGCGAUCUGUAUAGAAGCCUUCGAGAAUUCUGCAGAGCAAAGCAAAUGACUCCCUUUACCGUGCUAUUGGCAGCAUUCCGAGCGGCCCAUUAUCGACUUACUGGGACUGAAGACGCCGUCAUUGGCACACCCAUUGCUAACCGUAACCGGCGAGAGCUUGAGAAUAUCAUCGGCUUUUUUGUCAAUACUCAGUGUAUGCGAAUUACUGUUGACGAUGACGAAACAUUUGAAAGCCUAGUACGACAGGUCCGGUUGACGGCAACAGCAGCGUUUGAGCACCAGGAUGUUCCCUUUGACCGCGUCGUUUCAGGACUACUACCUGGCUCAAGAGACUUGUCACGGAACCCGCUGGCACAGCUUAUGUUUGCAGUCCAUUCUCAACAAGAUUUUGGAAAUUUCGAAUUAGAAGGCCUGGAAGCAGAACCCUUAUUGAACCAGGUGUAUACCAGGUUCGACAUAGAGUUUCAUCUAUUCCAGGAGACGAACAGAUUAAGCGGCAAUUUGGUUUUCGCGGCAGAUCUAUUCGAACUUGAGAAAAUUCGCAAUGUGGCCAGUGUAUUCUUUGAGAUACUAAGUCAAGGUCUCGCGAAGCCUCAUAUCCCAAUUGCAGUUAUCCCGUUUGUCGACGGUGUUAUGGAGUUACGCAAUAUGGGUCUGCUUGAGGUCGAAAAGACCGGAUAUCCCCGCGAUGCAAGCAUAAUCGACGUCUUCCGCACCCAAGUAGAUGCUUACCCACACUCCUUUGCCGUUGUCGACUCGAAACGUCGCCUCACCUACUCUGAAUUGGACCAUCAAUCCAAUCAGAUUGCGACUUGGCUCCGCCAGCGUGGCAUAGCUCCUGAAACUUUGAUCGGAGUGUUCGCACCGCGGUCAUGCGAGACAGUCAUUGCCUUUUUUGGCAUUCUGAAAGCGAAUCUCGCAUAUCUACCCUUGGACAUUAAUUCUCCUGCCGCUCGGCUAAGAGCGAUUCUAUCUUCGCUGCCCCAGCACAGGCUAGUCUUACUCGGUUCUGAUGUAACUGCUCCGGAGAUCCAGCUACCUGGUGUGGACCUUGCAAAAAUCAGCGACAUAUUGACAGAAUGUCGCGAAGUGGAUGAUAUGAAUGGUGAUGUAGACAAGACCUCCCCGGGGCCAUUAGCGACAAGCCUUGCAUAUGUGAUCUUCACAUCCGGGUCGACUGGCAGGCCAAAAGGAGUUAUGGUUGAACAUCGUAGCGUCGUUAGGCUUGUCAAGGAGACUAGGAUAACAUCCAAGUUCCCAUUAAAGUUCCCAUUCGCAGUGAAAAUGGCACAUCUAUCCAAUAUCGCCUUUGACGCCGCUACUUGGGAGAUUUUUGCAGCACUCCUGAAUGGCGGAACACUGGUCUGUAUUGAUUAUAUGACCAUUUUGGACAGCAAGGAAUUCGAGGCUGUGUUCGCCCAAGAGCAAGUCAAUGCGGCUUUGUUUACACCGGCAUUGCUUAAGCAGUGUGUAGCCAACAUUCCUUCGAUACUAAAGGAGCUAGAGGUCCUUGUUAUAGGUGGUGAUAGACUCGAUGGCCAGGAUUCAAUUGCGGCGCAAGCACUUGUCCGGGCUGGCGUCUUUAAUGCGUAUGGUCCGACGGAAAAUGGAGUCAUCAGUACUGUUUAUACCAUCGAGAAGAACGACUCGUUCAUCAAUGGGGUUCCUAUUGGCCGGCCUAUCAGCAACUCUGGGGCCUAUAUCAUGGAUAGUUGUCAGCAGAUCGUCCCUAUCGGUGUCGUGGGAGAGCUUGUUGUCACCGGGGAUGGGCUUGCUCGAGGAUAUACCGAUCCAAGCCUAGACGCAGGCCGAUUUGUCCAAGUCGUAAUUGACGGUCAAGCCAUGAGGGCUUAUCGAACUGGUGAUCAGGGGCGAUACCGUCCAGGCGAUGGCCAAAUUGAGUUUCUCGGGCGUAUGGACCAACAAAUCAAGAUUCGAGGCCAUCGCAUUGAGCCAGCCGAAAUAGAACGUGCCUUUCUCAGUCAGGACUCAGUCCGAGAUGCUGUCGUGGUCAUCCGGAACCAUGAGAGCCAAGAGCCAGAAAUGGUGGGUUUUAUUGUGACCCAAGAUGACGACCAUACGGCCGAGCAGGAGGAAGCUGGUAACCAAGUCGAAGGAUGGAAUGAUUUCUUUGAAAGCAACACCUAUGCCGAUAUUGACACCAUCGCUCAAUCUGCUAUUGGCAACGAUUUCAAGGGCUGGACAUCCAUGUACGACGGAAAUGAGAUUGACAAGACUGAGAUGCACGAGUGGCUUGACGACACCAUACACACGCUUCUUGAUGGUCAGCCGCCAGGCCACGUACUCGAGAUCGGCACCGGUAGCGGCAUGAUCUUGUUCAAUCUUGGUGCUGGACUGCAAAGCUACGUAGGACUUGAGCCAUCAAAGUCAGCGGCCACGUUUGUUACCAAGGCGAUUGAGUCCAUACCAGCCCUCGAUGGAAGAGCCAAUGUGCAUGUCGGUUCAGCGACAGACGUAGGUCAACUGGAUCAUCUCUACCCAGAAUUGGUAGUGCUCAACUCGGUAGUUCAGUACUUUCCUUCGUCUGACUAUCUAGAACAGCUUGUGGACACUCUGGUUAGGAAGCCAGGCGUUAAACGAAUCUUCUUUGGCGACAUACGGUCGCUCGCAACAAACAAACAUUUUCUCGCCGCUCGGGCGUUACAUGCGUUGGGCCACAAGCCGACUAGAGGCGCUGUACGGCAAAAGAUGACAGAAAUGGAAGAACGUGAAGAGGAGCUGCUUGUUGACCCGGCCUUCUUUACGAUGCUUGAAAAGCGGCAUCCCAAUCACAUCAAACACAUUGAGAUCCUUCCGAAGAAGAUGCAGGCCACGAAUGAGCUUAGUGCGUACCGCUAUGCGGCAAUAAUACACAUACGUGGCUCAGAGGAGCAAGACAAGCCCCUGUAUCAGAUCAACAUGGAUGAAUGGAUCGACUUUCAAGAAUCACGGGUGGACCAGCAUACACUUCUCAGCCUCCUGAAGGACUCGACGGAUGCCCUGACCGUUGCCGUUAGCAAUAUCCCGUAUAGAAAAACAAUAUUCGAGCGACAUAUAGUUGACUCUCUGGAUGAGGAAAGUGGAGAGAGUGAGACUCAAAAUCUGCUGGACGGCGCCGCCUGGAUCUCAGCCGUCCGCGCUGACGCCGAAAGCUGCUCAUCUCUCUCUGCGACGGAUCUUGUGCGGCUUGGUGAGGAGGCCGGCUUUCGUGUUGAGGUCAGUGCGGCACGGCAAUGGUCUCAACAUGGCGCAUUGGAUGCUGUCUUCCACCGCUAUGAUUUACAUACCCAAAAGGGACACCGUGCUCUGAUCCGCUUCCCGACUGAUAACAAAGUUCGAGCAUCGGCCAGCCUUACAAACCGGCCGCUACAGCGGCUACAAAGUCGUCGAUUCGUGUCACAGAUCCGCGAGCAGCUGCAGUCACUGCUUCCGUCGUAUAUGGUUCCGUCUCACAUUGUGCUGAUAGACCAGAUGCCUCUCAAUGCCAAUGGCAAGGUUGACAGAAAGAGCCUUACGCGAAGAGCUCAAGUAAUGGCUCAGAAGCCCCAAGAAAGGGUUCAACAGGUGCUUCCACUCAACGAAAUAGAGGUCGUGUUGUGUAAGGAGUUUGCAGAGGUAUUCGGCAUUCAAGUCGGCAUCAACGAUCACUUUUUCAAACUCGGUGGUCAUUCUCUCUUGGCAACAAAGCUUACUGCGCGCAUCGGCCGUCGGCUGAAUACCCGCGUAUCUGUGAAGGACAUAUUUGACCAACCUGUCAUUGGCGAUCUCGCGGCUACCAUACGUCGCGAAUUAGCCUCACGCAGCUCUAUCCCUGUAUCGUCGUACAGUGGAAAUGGGAAACAGAUGAUGUCUGCACAAGUGGCCCCUCGUAAUGAGAUAGAAACCGUGCUGUGUGAGGAGUUUUCUUACGUGCUCGGCAUCGACGUUGGCAUUACCGACCACUUCUUUGACCUUGGCGGGCAUUCUCUAAUGGCUACGAAGCUCGCUUCACGCAUCAGCCGCCGAAUAGGUGUAACGGUAUCGGUCAAAGAUAUCUUUGAUCAACCAGUUCCCCUCCAUCUGGCGGCAAAGAUUGAGCUUAUUCAGUCGGAGAAUUACGAAGUGACCAACGGUGUACAGACCAACAGCAGCACAUCGUUCCAGCUAAUCUCUAUGGGAGAUCCGCUAGCAUUCAUCGAAAAUGAGAUUUCACCUCAGCUGGGGUAUUCUCACGGCACAAUCCAAGACAUCUAUCCUGCUACGCAGAUGCAACGACUCUUCCUCUUCAAUCCUACAACGGGCCAUCCACGAACCCCCACGCCGUUCUACAUUGAUUUCCCAUCGGAUUCUGAUUGUUCAAGUCUAGAGACGGCUUGUAAAUCUCUAGUCGGGCGAAUCGACAUUUUCAGGACGAUAUUCCUGGAAGUGGCAGAUGAACUCUAUCAAAUCGUCUUGAAGCAUCUUGAUCUGGCCAUUGAGAUAAUUGAAACAGAGGAAAACAUCAACAGUGCAACCCGUGCAUUCCUAGAUAUGGAUCUCAAACAGCCUAUUCGCUUAGGGCAGCCACUCAUACGCAUUACCAUUUUGAGAGCGCAAACAUCAUCACUGCGAGUAAUACUUCGAAUGUCGCACGCCUUGUAUGACGGUUUAAGCCUGGAGCACAUUGUACGCUCUCUUCAUGUUUUGUAUAGCGGCGGAAUUCUUCCACCAUCAGCCCAAUUCUCUCGGUAUAUGCAGCAUAUAGCUGACAGCCGUAAAGAGGGCUAUGAUUUCUGGCGUUGUCUUCUACAGGAUUCUUCAAUGGCUGUCAUAAGAGGUGUCAACAGGAGUGCUCACCAAGAACAAGUCGUAUCUCCCGGGACUUAUCAUGCAUCAAAGGUCAUCAGCGUCCCUCUCCAGGCAAACAGCAGUAUCACACCUGCAACAGUUUUCACCACUGCCUGUGCUAUAGUGCUAUCAAAAGAAGCUAAAACAAACGAUGUGGUCUUUGGUCGAAUUGUCUCCGGACGGCAAGGCCUGCCUGUAACGUGCCAAAACAUCAUUGGUCCUUGCACUAAUGAAAUACCAGUGCGCGCCUACAUACACCAGGAUACAGACCGGAAAAUGUUGCUUCGGAAGAUGCAGGACCAGUAUCUCAGCAGCUUGUCUUUUGAGGCUCUAGGGUUUGACGAGAUUAAGAAAAAUUGCACAGACUGGCCAGAAGCGAUGACGAACUAUAGUUGUUGCAUAGCAUACCAGAAUUUUGACUACCAUCCUGAUAGUCAGAUGAACGAACAACGAGUUCAAAUAGGGGUGCUAUCACGGGAUAUCGAUGCCACAAAAGAAGUACCCUUGCACGAUCUAGUCAUAUCAGGAGAGGCUGAGCUUGAUGGCCCUUACCUACAUGUUACUAUUGCCGCCAACAGGCAAGUUUGUGAAGAAGGAAGAGUGACACAUAUGCUCAGAGAGCUCUGCGAAACAAUAAGUUCCCUGAAUCUGGCUUUAUGA